AUGUACCCCAUGUGGAAGGAAAACAAGUGGGGCAUUGACGUCGAAAAGGACGUUGCGACGAUUUUGAAGGAGAAUGGGGUGGAUGUCGAUGGAGGCGCGGUUGAGAGUAUCAUCUGGAGCCACCACCACUGGGACCACGUAGGCGACGCCUCAACCUUCCCCGGCUCUACCGAACUCGUCGUCGGCCCAGGCUUCAAGGACGCACACCUCCCCGGCUACCCAGGGCGAAAAGAAGCUACCCUUAUGGAGACCGACUUCGAAGGCCGCUCCCUCCGCGAAGUCAGCUUCGACCAGAAGAACAAGAUCGGUCGCUUCAAUGCCCACGACUACUUCGGCGACGGCUCCUUCUAUCUCCUCGACACACCCGGUCAUACUGUCGGCCAUAUCUGCGGCCUUGCGCGCGUGUCGACGAACCCGGAUACCUUCGUCUUCAUGGGCGGUGACGCUUCGCAUCAUGGCGGCGAGUUCAGACCAACGAAAUGGUCGCCGAUCCCGAAGGAGAUCAAGCCCUCGCCAUUCAAGCGCCGAACAGCGCAUAUCUGCCCCGGCGACCUGCUGCAGCAUAUCCACCGCAAAGGCGCCGCAGACGAGCCGUUCUACCUCGUGACGAAGAACUUCGCGCACGAUAAGGCGGUCGCGGACUGGACGAUCGAGGGUCUAGGCGAGUUUGACGCGCAUGAGAAUGUGCUCAUGUUGAUGGCGCAUGAUGAUGUUACUGUUGGUCCGGCGCAGUUGGACUUUUAUCCGAAGACGAUUAAUGAUUGGUAUGAGAAGAGUGUUGGGAAGAAGAUAAAGUGGAUGUUUUUGGGAGAUUUUGAGGAGGCGACGGAGGCGAAGGAGAAGGGUGGGGAGGCCUUUGCUUGGGGUGAGUUUAAGGUCGAAUGA